AUGACAAUGACAGAAUACAAAUCUACAUUUCUUUGGUGUAAAGAAAUAAUAAAUGAAUUAAAAAACAGAAAUCAAAAAAUAUGUAAAAAUAACAAUUUUGGAAAUGGUGUAUAUAAGAAAGAAAAGUUACCAAUAAAAAGAAAAAAAAAAUGUACUUGUAAGCAACACAAAUAUAUUAGUUAUAUUUAUAAGAAUUGUUGUAUUUUACAAAAGUAUUGCUAUUAUAAAGUAUGCGUUUGCCAAAUUAAAAACGAAAAUUUGAGAAAUUUAAGUAAAUAUAACAAAUAUUUAUUUUUAAAAAAUAGCAAUAAUGCAUAUAAUGAAAAAAAAAAGAAUCAGAUUGAAAAUUUUAAUGAAAACAAAAAUUUGGAAGAAAUAAAAAAACAAAAAAAGAACUGUAAUAUAUCAGUAUGUUUUAAUAACUUUGAUAAUAAAUACAGGAGGGAUUUAGUGAUAACAAAAAUAUUGAUAUUAACUUUGUUUGAUCCAUCUCUAUUAAAAAUAUCCUUAAAAUUUUUUAAUUUUUUAAUGAUAUCAAUCAUAAAUCAAAUAUUCGAAGAAGCACUCUUGUUAUCUAGAUAUAACUAUACUACUAUAAAUAAGGAUAAACAAAAUGAAGAAGAAACAAAUUCUAAAUUUAUAAAUGUUAAUAUUAAUGAUACAAAUAAAUUAAAAAGUAACAACAAUAAAAAAAAAAAUGUAGAUUUAUUAAAUAAUGAAAAUAGCAGCAAACCUACUUUACAUAUUUAUGAAUUUAUUAAAAAAUUUAAGAUAGAUAAAGAGAUUUAUUUUUGUAUGAUAUGCAUGAAUUGCAUAUUAUUUAGUAAAGAAUUAUUUUAUAAAAAUACGAUUGAUUAUUUCUUCAAGGAAGUGCUACAAAAAUCUAUUUAUUGCUGCAAUUAUUUUAAAGGAAUAUUGAGAAAGUAUUUAGAACAAAAAAAUUAUUACCCGUGUAAGUGUAACAUAUAUUAUAUAUAUUGUAUUAAAAUUUUAUUGAUAUAUUAUUAUUUAACUAUAAAUAAUAUACUUGAUAAAAAUUAUUUAAUUUUAUUAUCACAGUUUUUAAAAUGUAAAGAUCCAUUUUUUGAAUCAUUAAUUUAUUUAAUAUAUUUAAAUUAUUAUGAGAUUGGUAAUUGCUCUAAUGGAAUUUAUAUAAAGGAUAAUAUUUUUUAUAAUGGUUCUUUGUAUAAAAACGAGAAAAAUAACUUUAUCGAUAAAAGCAAAGAGAAAAAAAAUGAAGACUUUAAUAUAAAUUUAAGUAAAGGAGAAUACAAUUAUUUUGAUGAAAAAGAAUUUUCACAACUUGAAAAAAAUUGUCAUAAUAAUAAAAAUAUAUAUAAUAUAUUACUAAUGUAUAAUUAUAACAUAAAAGACUUAGAAUAUUUAUACAUAGAAAAAUUUCAUUGUAAUAUAAUAGAAAAUAAAAUUAUAAAAUAUUAUGUAAAUAUUGAAUCAACAUUAUACCCAACAUUUGAAUUAAAAGUAAAAAAAAAUAUAAAUUUGUUAGAAAAUGAAAAUAAUUUUAUUGUUACCAAAAGGCUAAACAUAGUUAUUGAAACAUUAAUAACAAAUAUUUAUAAUAAAAAACCAACAAUUUUAAUAGGAAAUCAAGGUUCGGGAAAAACAUCUAUAAUAAAUUUUAUAUAUGAAAAAAUAUAUAGAACAAAAAAUGAAACAGAAAACAUCAUUAGUUUAUAUCUAGAUGAUAUAUCAGACUCUAAAUCUAUUUUAGGAAUAUGGGAAAGUAAUGAAAAGUGCUUUGAAUUUAAAUAUGGUAUAUUGACAAAGGCCAUGAAAAAUGGAAGUUGGAUCAUUUUUGAGAAUAUUAAUAAUAUUUCUAAUAGUGUAAUAGAAAAGUUGCAUGAAUUAACUAGUAAAGGGUAUAUAUAUUUAUCAGAAAAAGGAGAAUAUAUUUAUCCUCAUCAAAACUUUCGGUUAUUUUCCACAGUAACCGUAAACAAUGAUUAUAACAAUAUAAAUAAUUUAAAUAAUAAAUAUUGUACAAGUGAUAAUAUAAAUAAUGAACUCAUAAAUAAUAAUGAAAUGAAUGAAUUAGUAUUAAUAAAUCAUAAACCUCAUAAUUUAACUAGUUUAUUCAACAAAUGGCACAGUAUAUUUAUUGGAAAUUAUAGUAAUAGUGAAAUAAAAGAAAUUUUAUAUAAAAAAUUAAAUAAAAUUAACGACAAUUAUAAAAACAUACUUUUGGAUUGCUAUAAUACUAUUAAAAUAGAUUUGGACAAAUAUAACAUAUUAAGGAAUAUUAAUUUACAUGAUUUAAUAAAAAUCAUAAAUAGAAUAAAUAAAAGGAAAAUAUUUAUAUAUGAAAAUGAAAAAACAAAAAUACAUCUAUUUCAAAUUUGCAAAUCUAUUUUAAUUUCUCACAUACCUAAUAUUAAUUUAAAAUAUAAUUUUUUAAUUAAAUUAAUUAAAAUUUUUAAAUUAAAUGAAAACAACGUUAUAAAAUAUAUGAAAUCAUAUUCACUUAAUACUUAUAUAAAUGAAUUUAAUGAAACGUUAAAAAAUGAAUAUCCAAAAAUUAAUUUUAACUUUGAUAAAAUUUAUAAUUAUUCUUUUUUAUUAACGUCCGUUCAUAAAUCUAUAAUAUAUGAAAUAAUUGAAGGUGUAUAUAACAAGGAAAGUAUAUUAUUAAUAGGUGAUACAGGAGUUGGAAAAACAGCAUUAAUAGACUAUAUAUCAAAAAUUUUUGAAAAGAAGUUGCAUGUAUUCGUUUUUAGUGAACAAUCGGAGGCUUCUGAUUUAAUUGGUAAUUAUUAUCCUUUUAAUAUAAAUGUUAAAGCAAAUGAAUUAUUUGAAAAAUUAAAAAGAUUAACUAGUAAAAUGAAAUAUAUUUGCAAAAAAGAAUUAAAUUUGUUUUAUUUAAAGUUAAGAAUAAUAUUAAGCGAAAAGAAGUAUAUUACAUUUUUAAAUACAUGCUAUAACUAUGUAAAAUAUAUUAUGGAAAAUUUUAAAAAGAAUACAAAGCUAUUUGAUAUGAAAAUUAUAAAACAAUGCAAAUUUUUUCUUUCUAAUUGUAAAAAUAUAAUUAAUUUUUGGUGUAAUAAUAACGAUAAUUUAAAUAAAAAUUAUGCUUUAAAUUAUAAUUUUGAACAAAUUUUAGAAAUAAAGGGAGAUAUGGAAGAAAAAAAAAAUACUAGUAAUAGUCAAAAUAAUGUAAAUGAGAAAAUAAAAAAAGGUGAUAACCAAGAUGAUAUGAAUGAAGAACAAAGUAACAAAAAGAUGAAUGAAUUAAUUUUUAAAUUUCAUGAUGGUAUUUUAAUUGAUUGCAUAAAAAAUGGCUAUUGGAUUUUACUUGAUGAAAUAAAUUUAGCACAAACAGAAAUAUUACAGAGAUUACAAGGAUUAAUGGAUUCAUCAAAUAAAUACUUCGAUGUUGUUGAAAAAGGAAAUGAAAAAAUAAAAAUUCACGAAAAUUUUCGAUUAUUUGCCUGUAUGAAUCCGCCUAUAAUUCCAAAUUUAAGAAAAGUGAAGGAAACAAAUAAGUCGAAUGAUUUAAAAAGUGUUAAUAUUAAUAACAGCAAUGGUAAUAAUAAUUAUAUUAACUUAGAAACAAAAGUAGGAAAUGAAAUUGACUUAUAUAAUAGUACUAUAUCUGCAGGAAAAAAAGAAUUACCAUUUAUUAUUCGAAAUAAAUUUACUGAAAUAUUUGUUGAUGAAAUUUUAGAGUAUGAUGACGUCGAAAUGAUAGUGAAACACUUUUUAAAAGAUAUAACAUGUGAUAAUAUGUUAAUAAAAAAUAUUACUAAUUGUUAUUUAGAAAUUAAGAAAGAAAGUUUAAAAAAUAUGAAUAAUUUAGAAAAUAAACAAAUAUCAUUUUCUACAAGAAAUUUAGUGAGAGCAAUAAAAUAUGCUAUAUAUGUUCAUAAAAGAACGUUUAAACCUCUAUCUUUGCAAGUUGCAAUUAAAAAUGGUUUUAUUUGUAAUUUUUUAAGUUGUCUAAAUUAUGAUAAUCAAAAAAUUAUAGAGAAUAUUUUUAAUAAAUAUUUUAAAUAUACUCAACAUAACAACGUAGAAGACCACAGUAAUACAAUGCAUAUUGAAAAAAAUGGAAUUAUAGAUUAUAAUAUGCUGGAAACUUAUUAUCAAUAUAAAAUUUAUGAUAAAAAAAAAGGAAGAGAAGAAAAUGCACCAUAUUUAAAUAAUUUGAACGAUACGAAAAAUACUUCUAAUUCUAAAAGUGAUAUAGAUAAAAAUAAAGAAAAAGAAAAAUAUGCAUGCAUAGAAAAUAGUUGGAUAUUAUGUGGAAAUGAGCAAAUAAAUUUAAAAAAUAUAUUAUCUAAUUUUAUAAUCACAAAAAGUGUAAAAGAAAAUAUAAAAAAAUUAGCUUUAUGCUUAAGUGGAAUAAAAACACCAAUUCUGUUAGAAGGAAAUACAUCUGUUGGAAAAACCUCUUUAGUUAAAUUUUUUGCUGAUAUAACUGGUCAUAAAUUUAUAAGAAUUAAUAAUCAUAUGAAUACAGAUAUAAACGAGUACUACGGCCAAUUUGUUAAUGAUAAAAAAAGUGGCAAUUUAAUAUUUGAGGAAGGUAUAUUUGUAAAAGCUGUUAAGAAUGGAUAUUGGCUUGUAUUAGACGAAUUAAAUUUAGCUCCAUCAGAAGUUUUAGAAUCAUUAAAUAGAAUUUUAGAUGAUAAUAAAGAAUUGUAUAUUCCUGAAUUAAAAUGCUAUAUUAAAGCUCAUAAAGAUUUCAUGCUAUUUGCUACUCAAAAUCCUGCUAAUAAUAGUUAUAUUGGGAGAAAAGAACUAUCUAAAGCAUUUAGAAGUAGAUUUAUUGAAUUUCAUAUAAAUGAUUUCAAAGUAGAAGAAUUAGAAAUAAUUCUACAUAGAAGGUGUACUAUUUCUCCGAAAAUUUCUAAAAAAAUGAUAAAUGCGUAUACUGAAUUAAAAAAUGUGAAAUCCAAUUAUAAUUAUUUUAAUGACAAUUUAAUGACCUUAAGAGAUUUAAUUAAAUGGGGAAAUAGAUAUCCAAAUAAUAACUUAGAGGCAGCUUUACAGGGUUACUAUAUUAUUGCAGAAAAAUUGAGAAGCGAAAAAGACAAAGAAAUUGUUAAGAAUAUAUUGAGUGAGAAUUUUUUAAAAAAACAGGAAAAACUUGUAAUUGAUUAUGAAAAUGAUGAAGAUGUUAAGUGUUUGAAGAAUUACUUUAUAGAAAAAAUUUCUAAAAUAAAUCAUUUUAAAAAAAUUGAAAAAUCUAAAUUAAAAAAAAAUAGUUCUAUUGUUAAUGAUAAUAUAAAGGAUUUCUUAGAUAACAAAAAGAAUACCAAAACGUGUGAUUUAGAUUUAUAUGAUAAGAACAAUAAUAAUGGCUAUAAUUAUGAUGAUUUAAAAAGAUUCCAAUAUUUAAAGAAUAUGUAUUUUGGUAAAAAUACAUGCAGAAUUAUUUGCUUAUUAUUAAAAUGUUUUAAGUAUAAAGAAUCUCCUUUACUAAUAGGGGAAACAGGAUGCGGAAAAACUACAUGCUGUGAGUUACUGAGUUUUGUCGAAAAUUUAAAAUUAAAUAUCUUAAAUUGUAAUGAAAGCACUGAUGUUUAUGAUAUAAUAGGUAGUUUAAAAUUAAUAAAAAAUAAAAAAGCAGAUUAUGAUAAAUUAAAAAAAAAUUGCAUUGAUUUAUAUAAUGAAUUUUCUAAAUACUAUGAAGAUAAUUAUGUCUAUAAUUAUUUAAGUGGGAUUAUUUAUGAAAAAAUUGUAGAUAUAAAAAAAGAAGACUUUUUAGUAUUUAAUCUUUAUUUACAAAAAAAAUAUAACUUAAAUGAAAAUAUUAAAAGAAAAUUGACAAAAAUGGAAAGAUCAGUGAAUAAUCUAAAAUCUGUUUUUACAUGGUUUGAUGGAAUUUUAGUGUCUUCUUUAAAAAAAGGAAAUAUAUUUUUAAUGGAUGAAAUAUCAUUAGUUGAAUCAUCUGUUAUUGAAAGAUUAAAUUCAGUUUUAGAAUAUGAAAGAACAUUGUUGCUAACAGAAAAAGGAGGAAAAAAUAUCAAAAAUUUAAAAGCACAUGACAAUUUUUAUUUUAUAGGUACUAUGAAUCCAUGCGGCGAUUUUGGAAAAAAAGAAAUUUCUCAUGCAUUGAGAAAUAGAUUUACUGAAAUUUUUGUUAGUAAUUUUUCAUAUGAUUCCAAUGAUUUUUAUUUUUUAAUUAUGAAACAAAUAAAUUUUACAAAAGAAAAAAAUAUAAAAUGUGAAAUCACCAAAUAUAUUUGUCAGAUAUUUCAACAAGUAUCAAAUGACAAAUCUUUAUCAUCUGUAACUCUUUCUGUAAGGGAUUCUAUUAAGUGGAUUACUUUUAUGAAUGCAUAUGUGAAUAAUAGAAAAAAAUUAUAUAAAGAAAAAAAGAAUGAGCUAAAAGUACAAUUAAAUAAAUUAAAAAGUUACUGUAUACGUAGUUUUUAUCAUAGUGGAUGUUUAAUAUUAAUUGAUGGAAAUGAAGAUAUGAAAAUAAAAGAAAUUUUAAAGAACAUAUUAAUAAAAACUUUAGAAAAUUUAUGUUUAUCUAUUAAAUAUAACAUAAAAAAAAAAGAAAUAAUAAUGAACUAUUUUCAUGAACCUUAUAACUUUAUAUUUAAAAAAAGUUAUCUAAAAAUGAAUGAUUUUCAUAUCAAAUUUAAAAAAAAUUUCGAUUGUAAUUUGAAUAAGUUUUCUCAGAAUUCUCAUUUUGUAUUUGAGACACCAAAUAUUAAGCAAAAUUUAUUUAAAAUUGUUAGAGCUAUGCAAUUAGACAAUUCUAUUUUAAUUGAAGGGUCACCUGGGGUUGGAAAAACAUGCAUUGUAAAUAUACUAGCAAAACUAACGCAUAAUAAAUUAAUUCGCAUCAACUUAUCUGAAUGUACAGAUAUCUAUGAUUUUAUAGGAUCAUAUUUUCCCAUUAAAGAUAUAAAAAAUGAGUCAAAUAAAAAAAAAAGGAAAAAUGAAGAAGAAAUGCAAGAAAAUAAAAAAGAAAGAGAAGAUGAAAAUAUUAACAGUGAGAGCAAAAAAAAAUUUCAGUAUUAUUGGAAAGAUGGAAAAUUAAUUGAAUGUAUGAAGAAAGGAUAUUGGAUACUAAUAGAUGAAAUCAAUUUAGCUAAUCAACAAACAUUAGAAGGUAUUAAUUCUAUUUUAGAUCAUAGGAAAGAAAUAUUUAUACCUGAAACUAAUGAAAUUGUUAAAUGCCAUGAAAAUUUUCGUUUAUUUUGUUGUCAAAACCCCUAUAAAGAGGGAGGUGGAAGAAAAGGAUUACCAAAAUCCUUUUUAAAUAGAUUUUCAAAAAUAUAUUUUGAAGAAUUAAAUGAGGAGGAUUAUCUUUGCAUUGUUGAAAAAUUAUAUGGUAAUUUUAUAUCGUUAGAUAUAAUAAAAAAAAUCAUAAAAUUAAUUUUUAUAAUAAAAAAAAUUAAUGUUUUACUAAAUGAGAGUGAAUGCUGGAUAUGGAAUUUAAGAGAUAUUUUAAGAAUUUGCAAAUUCAUUAAACAUAAAAUAGCAUAUAAUAAUUUUCUUACUAUAUGUGAUAUGCUUAUAUGCAAUAGAUUAACAUGCAAUGAAGAUAAAAAUAUUGUAAGGAGUAUUAUAAUAAAUGUAUAUAACCACAAUGAAAAUUUUAUUAAUAAUAUAUCUGAAGUGACGACUAAAGAGAAUUUAAUUAACUUUAUUAAUAAUAAUAAAAAUAAUAAUUCAGUAUAUUCCAAUUUUAUUAAUUCUUUUGAUUAUGAUGAAAAAUAUUUUUCAUAUGAAAAUGUACUAUUAAACAAAUAUAAAAAAAACGAAAAUGUUUCUAAUGAUAUUUCUCUCCCCUUAUUAAAAGAUGAAAAAAUUCUUUAUGGAUGUUUAUCAGCUAUAAAGCUACAUGUUCCUAUUUUAUUAUGUGGAAAAAACAAUUCAGGAAAGUCUUCAUUUGUGCAUAAAUUGGCGUCUAUUUUCAAAAAAAAACUUUUUGAUUUUUCAUUAACUAAUGAUAUAGAUACAUUUGAUUUAUUCGGAUGUUAUGAGCAAAAUAGUAGAAAUAACGCAAUUAUAAAAUUCGAAAGCCAAAUAAAUAAAUUAAAUAAACUAGCUCUAAAAAUUAUUUUUAAAAAAAAAAAUUUAGCUACUUUUCAUUCUAAUUAUUUCAGUAAAAAAAUAAAUAAUCUUGUAUCUUCAAAAAAUCAUGAAAAAAAAAAACAUAAUAAAGUAAGCACAAUUAAAAAAGUUAUGCAAAUUAAAAUAAACAUAAUGAAAAAGUUAAAUUCUUUAUCAGUUAAUUAUAUAAAGAGUUUAAAAAAUAAUAAGAAAAAUAAUUUAAAAAAAAAUCAAAAUAAUUACGUAGAAUUUAUAAAUAAUUGUAACAAAUGUGAACCCAGUGAGAAGAUAAAUAAUAUUCUGUCUGGCAUAAUUCAUCUUUGCAAAAUUAUAAAUACAAAUCAGAUUAAUGAAAAUAUUUAUGUAUAUAAUGAAGGAAACUUUAUUAAAUCAAUUAAAAAUGGUUACUGGAUAUUAAUAAAACACUUACAUUAUUCUACACCAUCUUUAUUGGAUAGAUUGAAUAGUCUUUUUGAGGAAAAUGGAUACAUACUACUUCAUGAAUUUGGAAAAAAGAAAAAAAUUAAGCCUCAUAAGAAUUUUCAAAUUUUUUUAACAUUAAAUUCUGAAGAGCAUUAUAAAAUUAGUAAGGCUUUACGAAAUCGCUGUUUUGAAAUUUAUUUUGGAAUAAAAAAUGAAUAUGUCAAUAAUUCACUCAAUAUUGAUAAUCAUUUAUGUAGCAGUCCUCUUUAUAGAAAUAUAUGUGAAACUACAUAUAAUGAUAUAUUUGAUAUGCACAAAGGAAGUUAUGGUAACUUUUCAUUUAAUAAUUUUAUAGAUUAUUCAAAUAAAAAUGGUAUGAAUUUAAAUUAUAAAAAGAACAACGAUCAUAACAGAUUCAUUAAUUCAUUUAAUGAUUCCAAUUUCUGUAGUAAUUUUCUUUUUCAUUUAAUUAACUUAUGUUAUAAUUUUCAAAAUAAGCAAUAUAAUGAAGGCCAAUCAACCAAUAACAAAAAAAUAAAGCAAGAUCAUUUAAAUUUAGUAAAAGAAAAUAAUUUGUUUUUUUAUAUAAUAAAGAAUUUUUUAAAAAAUAUUAAAAAAAAAAAUAAUGAUAAUAUUAUAAGUGAAUUAAUUAAUUUUUUUUUUAAUAAAGAUAUAAAAAUUAAUUUUAGAAAAAUAUUAGAUUAUAUAAAUUAUUGUUAUAAUUCAUUUAGUGCAAAUGGGAUUAAAUGCAAUAAGGAUAUAAUAUAUUUUUGUUUAAUCAUAUCUUUGAUAUCUUUUAUAAUAGAAUAUAUACUAGAUGAGGAAACAAUAAAGGAAAAAAAGAGGAAUUUAAACAAAAAAAAUUAUAAUCAUAUUUUUAGAAAUAACUUAAAUAUAUUAUUAAAUUACAAAUUUGGAAAUAAUUUAUAUUAUAUAGAUAUAUUUAUAAAUUUAAUUUGCACUAAUUUCUUAUUACUAAAAAAUAAUAGUAAAAUAAAUUUAAAAAAAUGGAAGUAUACUUUUUUAAGGUCAUUUGGGAAUUUUUACUGUGGAAUAUUCUCAAAGAUUAACGAAAAAGUUCAAGCAUUCUUUUAUCCAUUUUUUAAUUUCCUGAAUAAUGUUUUAAUUGGAAUAAUAUAUAGAUUAAAAAGAAAACUCGAAAAUUUUGUAAAAAAUAAAAGUCUAAUGAAUUCACUAAUACGUAAUAUAAACAAGAGCAAAUUGGUUCAUAAAAUAUCCUCGAAGUAUUUCAUUUAUUUUUAUUUUCACAUAUUUAUAAAUUAUAUAUAUAAUUAUAACAAAAUAUAUAAAAAAAGAACUUUUUUUAAUGAAAAUCAAGGAGAUCAAAAUAUAUGUAUAUUUAAAGAUAAGGCAUUAAUUAAUUCUUUCUAUAAAUUAAAAUUAAACAAGAUAUUUUGUUAUUUAGUACAGUGUUUUAUAGAGGAUUUUUCUGUUUAUGACAUAUAUUAUAGAUAUCAGUAUUUAGUAAAUCUUAAAAAUAGAAUUUCCAUAAGAAGAAAAACAUUAAAAAAAGAUAAUUAUGAUAAAAACGUAGAAAGAUAUCUUAAUUUUAUUACUAAUAAUGUUAUUUUUAAGAAAAUGAACAACUUUAAUGUAAUAAACAACUAUAUAUAUAAUAUCAUAUAUAUAGAAAGAACAAAUAAUAAUGAAAAUAUAAUAAAAAACAAGGAAAGUAAUAAUGAAGAGGACAGUAAUUAUGUAAAAUGUAGUAAAUUCAGAAAAUUUAUGAAACCAUUACUUAUCUGCAAAAAAUUUCUCUUAAAUAAUUUUGAUUUAGGAUUAUCAAAAGUUUUAUAUUUUUUUGAAGCAUUUUUGAAAUAUAACUUUAGUUAUAUUUAUUUUAUGAGGAAUAGAAAUAACAAGAAAAAAAAAUGCUUAAUUUUUCAUAAUAUGAACAAGUUUUUGAUCCAUUUAGAAAAGUUUAUUUUCAAUUUAAUUGAUAACCUUAGCAAUACAGUUAAUAAGGAUAUAUUUAAUUAUUAUGUUUUCAUUUAUAUAUUUGCUUUUGAAAUGAUAAGCAAUAAAAAUUAUACAACAACUUAUAAUAAAAUUAUUUUUUUAAAAGAUACAUUAAAAUUUCUCUUUAAAAUUAGCAAUUUCAAUAAGAAUAACGUUAUAUUGAUGAAAUUCUUGCAUAUAUCAAAAUUAUUAAUUGAAAAAAGUAUACAUUCUCUAAAUAAUUAUAGAAUAUAUGAUUUCAAUAGAAAUAAUAGCAUUUAUAAUGAUACUGAUUCUAGGAAAUAUAAUAACAAAUUAUAUAUACAUUGUAAUAAAGAAAAGGACAUGAAUUAUUUAAGUAUAUAUUUUGUUGAUAAAUGGAUUAAAAAUAUCUUUGAAAUUAUAAACAAUAUAUAUGUAAGUUAUUUUUUAUAUAUUAAAAAUAGAAAUAGUUACUUAUCUAUUUUAUUAAAUCUUCCUACAUACGGAGAUAAUUUAAAAGUAAUCAAUGAUUUUAAUAAUAAUGAAGACAGAAAUUUUAACAAGAAUACUGAAAGUUUUCUUAUUCAAACGAAAUCCUUUUCUCAUGCUUUAAAAUUUUUACAAAGUGAAAAUGAUAAUUCUAAAAUUAAUGAUAUAGAAAAUAUGAUAAUUAAAAAUUUAAUUGAUAAAAAUGAAAAAUUAAAGAUAAACUCGAAUUCAUUUGAAUUAAAUUUUUCUUUAAUAGAUGAUAUUAUUAAUAACAGUUCUAAAAAUUAUAUUAGAAAUGAUAACAUUAUACACAAAAGCCACCAGUUGUUAUUUUAUUAUGAAUUUAUUAUUUUUAACAUAAACUUAAAAUAUUUAUAUAACUCCUAUAUAUAUUUACUAAAUAUAUACAUGUGUUUAAAAUACACGAACGAAAAUAGUAAACAUUGCAUAGGAAACAACGCAACAUUUCAUUUUACUAUUGAAGAAGUUGAUAAGUUAAAUAAUAACAGUCAUGUAAACAUAAAAAAAAUUUUAAGUGAAAUAUACACUUAUUUGGAGAAUAUAGAUAACACAAUUUUUAUAUUUGAAGAAAAAGUUGAAAUCUUAAGUUUAUUAAAAGAAAAAUAUGGGAUGAUUGAAUAUGCUGAAAAAAACAUAAAAGAUGAAAAUAAUGUAAAUAAUUUCAGUUUAAAUGUAAUUUUUAUUAUAUUAGAAGAAAUUUUAUAUUUAGUUUACUCAUUUUUAAUGAAUGUUUACAUGAUAAGAGAUGAAAACUAUAAUUAUGCUAAACAAUACGUUGACAAAGUAAAUGAAAAAAAUUAUUUAAUUAAUGAUAGAAAAGUCGAUGAAUUAUCUUCAAGAUAUAAUGAUAGAAUAGAAAAAAAUUGUGUUACAGAAUUCACUGAUAAGAAAAAUGAAACGAUUUUUUCAAAUAAAAUAAGUUUUGUAUUUAACAAUUCUUCUUUGGAUAAAAAUGUUUCAGAGAAUAGUUUAAAUAAAAACAAUAAUCAAAAUAUAGUAGAAAUGAUAAAUAAACAAAUUGAAAAUCUAAUCAUUACAUAUGAAGAAUACACUAUCUUUAAAAAUAUUUACAUACAUAAAAAUUACAAAGAUAUUGCAACAUAUAAAUAUUAUUCUUAUUUAAAUUCAUCCUUAUUUAAUAAAACAGUGAUAUUUGAUUCUAUUAUAAAUAUUUAUAAAGAAAUGAAAAAAAAUAAAGUGACAUUAUUUUAUUUAAAUAGUAGCAAUUUUAUUUUUAAAAAUUUAAAAAAAAAUUAUUAUGAUUAUAUAACAAAAUUACCAUUUAAUAAGGUUUAUCAAGUAUUAGAUAAUAAUUCGUUAUACAUGACUGAUAAAAAUCAUAUAAAUUCUAUCAACAAAAAUUCUUUAUGUUACUUUUUUACUUUCUAUAUAUUUACUAUAUUUUUUAAUAUAAUGAAUAAUUUCGAAAAUCAAUGUAUUGAUAAAAAUAAAUAUUUUUGUCGUUUUUACGAGAUAUACAAUAUUAUAGUUUAUAAAAAAGAAGUAUCUAUUGAAAUACUUCUGUAUUUAUUAGAAUUAUAUAAGUAUUUUUUUAAUUUGAAAAAAGAAAUUAAAUUUAAUAAGAAAAUUCAAAAGUACGUUUUUAUUUUAUUAUUUCUCCUUUUUAAAGCAGUAAAAAAUAAUUUUAGAAAGUGGAAUAAAAAAAAUAUUUUAACACGUUAUAAUAUUCAAAACAGUACAAAUGAUAUUAAUUAUGGAGAACAAUUUAUUAUAAGUAAUGGCAAGUUUAUUCAAGAAAAUGAUAAAAAUGAAAUGAAUAAAAAUAAUAAUCAAAAUAUUAUUAUUAAUGAAAUGAGUGCAAUCGAUUUAUCCAGAAAUUAUAUAGAUAAUAAGGCAAAUUUUGACAUAUAUGAAUGUGUGAACAAAAGCACAGUAAGAAAUCAUAAUAAUCAUAUAGACAUGAAUGAAAAUAAAUUAGAAUAUGAUUUUGAUUAUAAAUAUAGUUAUAUAUAUAAUUAUAUAAGGGAAAAUAAUGAGAUAACCGAGGAGAAUUUUGAUGAAAUUUUAGAAAUUAUGUUUUCUGAAAAUAAAAUUCUUAUUAAUUUAACAAAUAAGUAUGAUGGCGAGGAUUUUAUAUACAUCAUAGGAUCACUAUAUAUAUCUCACUACUUUUUAAAUAUAAUUUGUACAGAAAUAAGGAAAGAAGUUAAAGAAAUAUUUAAAAGAAUAGAACUUAAAAACUAUUUUAAAAGUGUAGUUAAUUCAAUCAAAGAAGAAAUAUAUAUGGGUGCUCAACAUAAUUUAUACAUUGAAAAAAUUGAUUUGUUUGAAGAAUUAUCUUAUAGCAAUUUUUUUAAAACAAAAAAAAAAGAAUUAUUGAAUGAAAAAAUAAAAUAUGUAAAAAUGAAUUUACCUUUAUUACCAAAACUAAUGAAAAAUAUAAAUAAAGAAAAGAAUAAAAAAGUUUUAAAUUUAAUGAAAUCAGAUCAAUAUAAUUGUAAUUACUUUAUUACCCAUUAUAUAAAUAAAAAUAAUUCGGAAAAUAUUAAAAAUUUAUAUAUCAAGUUAAAAAAAGAUUUUAAGAGUUUUAUGAAAAAUGUUUUAUCAUGCUAUAAUAUUGAAAAAAUAUUAUUCUCUCUGAAUGAUUGUAAUGAUUUUAUUAAUUUUUCAUUAAUCUACUCAUGUUUAAAUUUCAUCUAUCAUAUAAGAAAAAACUAUAAUUUAAUUUUAAAAUUCACACAUACCAUCACAUAUUCCUUAUGUAUCUUCAUACAUUCUCUACACAAUAUAAAUUUUUUUAUUUUACAGCAAAAGGAACAGAAAGAUUUAUUUAAUAUUAAUAAAUUAGAUGAAAAGCAAUCACAAAAAGACAAUCAUAACUUAUAUAAGUAUAUAAAAUUUCCUCUUAAUUUCAAUAAAAUUAUAAAUUUAAAGAAAGAACAAUAUGAAAAAAUAAGUGACUUAGAGUAUUUUGAUUUUAUGAUAAAAAUUGUUCAAAAACCUAAGGGUAUUCUUAAAGAAUUCGAUUUUUCAAAUUUAUUAAACUGCUUAAAAAUACUAUGUAAAAAAAUUGUAAUAUCUAAUGAAUACGAUUCUAUAUCAAAUAUGAAUGAAUUAUUUAAAAUUGAACAGUUUAAAAAUACUACAAUAAAAGAAAAUUGUGAAAAUAUCGAAGAGGAUUACAUAGAAAAAAAUAUUGAAAAAGAAAUAAAUGAUGUUUUUUAUUCAGAAAAUUAUUUCUUAAACACAGAAAAUGCUGAUAAUAACAUAACAUAUUAUUCUUAUGAAAAAAAUGAAGUAGACAAUGAAGAAAUAGAACUAUCUAACACAGAAAAAAAAAAGGAAAAUUUUAGUAAUAGUGAUUCAACAAAAAAUAAUAAUGAUAGUGUUUCUGAUAAAUUAAAAGAGGACAAAGAAAAAUUAAACGAAAAUUUAUUUAAUAAAAUUAUAUAUAAGAUCAUAAAAAUUUUUAAAAAAAAAGAUACAUUUAAAAACAAAUCAAAAAAUGAAAUAGGUAGAAUAAAAAAAAAUAUAAAUCAUAUUUUAGAUAUGUUAAUUAAAUUAAAUAAUAUGUCUUCCUCUCAAGAGGAUAAUUCUGCAUUUUUGUUAAAUAAAAAAAAUGAAGAAAAGAAAUUAUUAAUUUUUACUUUAAACAUAAUAGACAAUUUUGGAAAUAUUAUAAAGUAUAAAGAUGAUAAAUUUCUAAAUUUUAAAAGGAAAAUAUUUGAAUUAUUGUUGAAUAAUAAAAAAAAUCAUGCUUACAUAAAUAAAUAUAUAAAUUUAUUAGAAUACAAUUUCAUGGAAUUCUUUUUUAGUGCAUUAAAUGAUGUGUGUUUUUUUCUUAAUAAUUCAAAAAACGAAUUUAUUAAAAUAUAUAAUGAUAGCAACAAUUUAAAUAUAUUAAAUAUUUUAAAUGCAAUUGAUAAUAUUUUAGAUAUUCCUUUAAAUGAUGUUAAGAAUCAAAUAGAAAGAAUAAUUUUAAAAUUAGAACAUUUAGUGAAUUUAAUUAAUUCUCUUAAAAAAGAUAAUUUUGCUAAUUUUGAUGAAAUCAAUAUGAAUCGCUUAAGUGAUCUCAUGAAGAGUAAUAUACUAGAAGAAUUAAUGAUUUAUACAAUUUACUUUAGAUUAUACAAAUUGGAAGAAAUAAAAAACAUUCGAAAAAAUAUAAAUCAUAAAAUCAUAAAAAAAAAGACUUUAAAUUUAUUCGCCUAUUUAUUUUAUUUAUGUUAUGAUGAUACAUACGAUAAUAAGAAUUUGGAAAAUAUGAAUUAUAGUAACAAUGAUAUUACAAAUGACAAUACAAAAAUUAAAAUAAUUAAAACAUUUGAAUCACUUGUAAUUUUUCUAAGAGAUUCAAUGAUUGGUGAAUUUUCUGUGCGUUUAAAUCUAAUUUUUUUCAUAGCAGAUAUAUUUAAAAAUUCAGAAAAUAUAAACGAAAAAAUUAUGAGUAAUGUAUUUUUAAAUGUAUAUAAUUAUAUGCAUAUAUAUUUACCUUUAAUAAAAAAAAAAAUCAAAAUUUCUAAGAGUUAUUUUGAUUUACAAUUAAAAAAAUCUUUACAAAAAAUUAACUUUGAUUUAAUUGACUUAGAAGCAUACAAAGCAACUAUAAUUAAAUUUAAAAAAAAAAUUAUUUACUUUACUAAAUUAUAUUUUCAACAAAUUAGUAUAACAGUAGACAAGUUUAUUAUGGAGAAUAAGCAUUCUUUGUUUACAUCUGAGAUAAAAAGAAAUAUGAAGAACAAUAAUAAAAUUAAUAGUAGCUCAGAAAAUAAAAAUACAAGAAGUGUUUCAAGUAAAACUUCAUCAAGUAACUUGUUAUUGGAUGAAAAUUUAAUGAAUUUAUCAAUAAAUGAAAAUUCGUCUAAUUAUGAAGAAGUAAAAGAAAAUUCAUUAAAAAGUGAUUCUUCAAUGAAUACAAAAGUUUUUGAUAAUGAACUAUUUAGUCAUGAAAAAGAAAAAGUGAAGAAAAUUUCUGAAGAAGAACAUUGCAUUUAUAAUGAGAUUAAUGGACUAAAAUAUUCCUUUUUAAAUUUAAGAAAUAAAAUGAAAAGAUUAAACCUAAAAGAAUUUUUAAAUAAUCUCGAUAAUUAUUAUAGCUUUGAAGACUUAUCAAAUAAUUAUGUGUGUGAAAUAAAAAAUAUUUUAAAAGAUCAAUGUAUUAAUGCAACUAUUAAUCAAAAAAAAAGAUGGAUAUAUAUACUAAAACAUUUUAUUACUAAAAAAUUAAACAUAUCAGUUUUAAAUGAUUUAAGUAACUUUACAUUUUUUUCUAACCUAUUUAAAGAUUGUAUAUAUUUUGACAAUACUGCAAACAGUAAUAUUUUAUUAGAAUACUUAUCAUCUGAUGAAAUUAUAUGUGAGUUAAAAAAUUGCUUAUCCUACAUGGUAGAAAAUAAUCCUCAUAUAGAUGAAGAAAAGAAAAGAGCUAAAAUAAAUGAGUUAAAAGAAAAUUUAUUACAUUUUGAAUAUGAUAUAAAAAAAAAUAUCACAAGUAAAAAGUUAUAUACUUUUAAUUUUUUAGAUAAAAUAAAUUAUAUUUUAAAAAAUAACGAAUAUAAAAAUUAUAAAAUACUUUAUUUAACUAUAUAUAUAAAAUCGAUUAAUAUGCAUGAAGAUAUUAGAAAUGAUGAAAUGCUAUACUAUCUUUUUAAUUCUAUUAAUUUUGAAUAUUUUAAUUUAAGAAAAGAAAUUAAUACUUUCUAUCACCAUUUUGUAUUUUAUUAUUUAAUGAUAUCAACGCUGAUACUUGAAAAGAAAUAUAAAUUAAAUUAUUUGGCAGUAGAUAUGAGUAUAUUUGAAAAUUUUUUAUUAAAAUGUAAUUUUCUAAAGAGUACGUUAUUACAAAAUUUAAGUAUAUUUUAUGAGUAUUUAUCAGAAGAUGAUUUUUUCAAAAACGUUUUAUUUUGCGUAUAUAAAAUUAUAUAUAUUGUAUAUAAUUCCAACGAAUUCAUAAUGUUCAAAUAUUUUAAAAACAUAGAUAAUAUUAAUUGUUUAAAAGAAUUUUUUAAAAAUAUUUCCAAUUUUAAGCUUAAAAUAAAUGUAAAGUUUUUAAAUUAUAUUAAUGAAAGUACUAAAUACUUAGAAAAUAAUUUGUAUAAAAUAUUUUCUUUAAACAUUGCUCCUUAUUUUAAAAAUAAAAUAUAUUCACAUAUAAAUAAGUUUAUUGAGUCGUUCAAGGCUAUAAAUCAAAACAUUUCUGAUGAAUAUAAUAAAAUACAUAUGAAUUCAUAUCAAAAUAUUGAAGAAAAUAAUAACGAAGGAGCAAUAAAUAACUUUUGUAUGUAUAAUAUAGAAUAUGCAAAUAAUCAAAUUUUUAUUUUUAUAAAUAAUAUUAUUAAUAAAAAAUCAAUAAUAUAUAAAGAAGAGUAUCCAAAUUUUCAAGAAUCCAAAAAUGUUAAUGAAAUUUAUUUAAUGAAAGAUAUUAUAAAAUUAUACUUAAGCGUAUUUUCUUCUGCUUCUCUAAAAGAAAAAAAUAAGAAAAAUUUAGAAAUUUUUUUUUAUUUAAGUAAAAAUUUAUUUUAUUUUAUAAAGUGCAUAUUUUUAUAUUUUUUAGAUAUAUUCAAUGGUUUUUCAAAUAUUUCUUUAUACUUUUUAAAAGUGUUGAAAAUUUUAUAUACCAAAGGAUUGUGUAGAGAAUCAAAAAAUGAAAAUGAAGAAAUAAAAAAUGAAAAAGAAAAUGAAAUAUUUCAUAAAAUUGAUUUCUUAAAAGGUAUCGGUUUGGGUGAAGGUAAAGGAGUAAGAAAUAUUUCUGAUAAAGUUGACAAUGAAGAUUUAGAUAAUAUUUAUAAUGAAAAUGAGAACAAUUUUAGUCAGGAUGAAAAUGAUUUUAAUGAAGAAGCUAUAGAAUCUACAUAUAAUUUUAAAAAUUUUUGUGAAAAAGAAUUAAAUGAUAUUAACGAGGCAAACAAUAAUAAUAAAAAUAAAAUGGAAAAUGAACAAGAAAACUUAAAUAUGGAAAAUAAUAAUAACAAUGGAGAACAAAGCAAAGAUAAAGUUAAUGAACAAAAAGAAAUGAAUGAAAAAGAUUAUGAUGAAGUAAAUAAAAGAACAAACGAAGAAAAUGAAAAUGAUUUAGAAGAAAAUAUUGAUGACGUUUUUGAAAAAAAUAAUAAAAGUCUCAAUCAAAGUGAAUCUAAUACUUUGGCAAACAAUUUAAAGUGCAAAGAUACAAAUACAGAUAAUAAAGAAACUGAAGAAGAAGAAAAGGAAGAUUUUGAUUUAAAAAAAAAGAAUCAAGAAAAAGAAGAAAAAUUAGAAUAUGAACAAAAAAAUGAAGAAAUCGAAUUAGAUGAAGAAGAUAAAAUAACUGAGGAAGAUGACAAUGAUUUCAAUAAAGAAAAAAAAAUUGAAAAAGAAAAAGAAGAAGUUAAAAUUAAUAAAGAUAGUGAUUUGAAUAUGGAGAAUAAUGAACAAAGUAAAGAAAAUAACGAUUCUGAUUUAUUGAAUAUUGAAGAAAAUAAUGAUAAAUCUGCACAUCUUGAUAAUUGCAUGAAUCAAAUGAAUGAUAAGUACAAUGAGGGAAAUGAAAAUAAUUAUAAUGAUUUUGAUUUUAAUUUUGAUUCAAACUUUGAAAUAGAAUCAAGUGAUUUUUCUAAAAGUUGUAGUGAAAAAUCGUUUUCAAGCAAAGAAGAUUUAGAUGAGGAUAAAAUGGAAGAGAGGAAAAAUGAUUUAAAAAAAGAAGAAACGAAUAAAAGUAUAAUUGAUGAAGCAGAUAGUGAAAACAAUUUUCAGAAUGUUAUAAGUGAUGAGGAUCAAGCUAUUCUUGAUGAAAAUAUAAACAAUUCAGAUGAUAUACUUGAAGAAAAUGAAAUAAAAGAUAAUGAAAACAAUUUAAGAGAAAACAAAAUUGAUAAAAAUAUCAAAGGCUUCAAAAAUAAUCAAAGAGAAAAAAAAGGAGAUACGAAUAAUAAGAAAAUGGAAGAUGAAAAAAAAGAUGAUGAAACUACUAGUAAUAAAGAAGCUACUGAAGAAAAAAAUGAACUUGAUAAAAGUGAUCAAGCUAAGAAUGAAAUUGAGCAAACCACUGAGAUACAAAAUGAAGAAGCAUGUGAACUGAAGGAUGAUAUUGAAGGUAAAAAUGAUAAUGAGGAACAAAAUGAAGAUGAUAUUGAUGAAAACAGUGAAAUAGAAAAUGAAAAUGGGGAAUUAUAUGAAGAAAAAGAUGAUAUUAGUGAAGUAUUAAGUGAGAAUAGGAGUGAUAUCGAAGAAAGUAAUGAAAUACAAAAUGAAAAUGAAAGUAAAGGUGAAACUGAAGAAAUAAAUAAGAUUCAGAAAGAAAGUAAAUUAUCGAAAAUAGAUGAAAAUGAAAAAAUAAAGGAAAAUAAAAGAUGUAAUUAUGAAGAUGAAAAUGAAACAAUUAAAGAAGAUAAAAAAAUGGAGGAAAAUUCAACUGAAAAUGUAACAGAAAAGUAUUAUGACGCAGAAGAAUAUGAAAUGGACCACUUAAAAAAGGGAUAUAGUGAAGUAGAGAAAAAUGAAAACAAUAAUGUAAUAUAUGAAAAUAAUGAAGUAACAGAAAAUGAUAAUACCCCAUCAUGUGGAGAAAAAAAUAUUAACAACAUACAUCAGAAAAAUACAGGAAAAGAAAAUAAUCAAGAAGAAAAUAAUGAUUCGAAUACAAAUGAUUUUUCUUUGAAAAUUGAUAAAUGCAACAUAUAUACAGAAAACUUUGUUGAUAUAACAAAUUUCAUUGAAAAAUUGAAUGAAAACCUCCUUAAUUUAAAUGAAAAGAACUCAUCCGUUAAUGAAAAAGAAUCGAUUGAAAAUGAUAAAUUAAAGAAGAAAGAAAAAGGCUUAAAUAAAGAUUUUAAUAUUUCUGAAAAAGAUGAAAAUUUGAAUGAAAAGGAAAAUAUAAAUGAAAGGAAUAUAGAUAAGGAUUUUAUUAACAAGAAUGAUCAUUUGAGUCCCAACUUAAAUGAAAUAAGUGAAAAUGAUUCCAUGGAUAAAGAACAAGAAAAUAGUGAAAAACAAAAAGAUGCUUGUAAUUCAAGCAAAUUGAAUAAAUAUUUAAAAGAAUUAAAUACUAAUAAUAUAAUGUAUGAGCAAGAAGAAAAAAUAAAAGAAAAUGAAGAAACAAAAAAUUCCGAUAAUUAUGAUAAUAAUGAUGAACUAGAUAAUUUUACAUCAUCAACAGAAAAUAAUUCUUUAGAUGAUAUGAGAACAAUAAAUUGUAAAAAAAAAAAGAAUGAAAUAACUUCAGAAGAAAAUAACGUAAGAGAAGAAUCAAGUGAUUCCUUAUUGAAAGAAUAUGAAAACAUAGGAAAAAAUCGAAAAGAUGAAAUAGAAAAUGACACAGUUAAUAAUAGUGACUAUUAUAAAGUUCAUGAAAAUAUAAAAGUUUUUGAGAGAGAAUAUAUAUUAGAAAAUGAUUACGAAGAAUUUCAGAAAAAAAUAAAAAAUGAAAAGUUGCAUGAUGAUAAUUUUAAUGUGGAGUAUGAAAAAUUAUAUAACCAAAUUAAUAACGAAACAGAAAUGAUAUCUAGUCAAUUAUGUGAGCAAUUAAAAAUUAUAUUAGAACCAACUGUUAGAAAUAAAUAUGAAGGAGAUUAUAAAUCAGGAAAAAAAUUAAACAUAAAAAAAUUAGUAAAUUAUUUUGCAAGUGAUUUUAGAAACAGUAAAAUAUGGAAAAGAAAAACAAAAUUGAAUAAAAGAGAUUAUAAUAUAUUAAUUGCAAUAGAUAAUACAAAAAGUAUGAAAAUAAAUAAUAUACAGAAAAUGACAUUAAAUGCUAUAUUUUUAGUUGCUAAAGCUUUUGAAAAAUUAAAUGUAGGAAAAAUAGGUAUAUGCUCGUUUGGGGAGAGUGAAGUGAUUAGUUCAAACAAUGUUGUUUGUUCAAUGACAAAUAGUUUGAAUAAACAAGAUUUUUUAAAAAUUUUAAAUCAUUUUCAAUUUAAUCAUGAUACUCAAAAUUCCUUCGAUAAUGCAAUGCUAAAUGCAUUAAAAAUUUGUAAUUAUAUUUUUAAAAAUUCUCAUACGCAAAAUAAUUCGAAAAAUCAAAUUAAUCAUUUAAUGCUCAUAAUUAGUGAUGGAAGAUUUAAUAAAAAUUCAGUUAAGGCAGAAAUUUUUAAAUGUAUUCAAAAUAAUUUUAUUCCUGUUUUGAUGAUAAUUGAUACACAGCUAGAGAAUAAUAAAGCUCAAUCAAUAUUUAAUUUAAAACAGACUUUUUAUAAAAAUAAUAAAUUGGAAAUUGUACCAUAUCUUAAUGAUUUUCCUUUCCCAUAUUUUGUUGUUGUUAAUGAUAUAAAUGAUAUACCAUCGUUAACUUGUGACAUCAUAAGGCAGUGGUUUCAAAUGCUUAAUAACAAAUAA